AACACACAGUACUGUUCCAGUGUCUCUUUUGUCCAGUGUUUCCUGGCACUCAGUGAUGAUGAGAGAGGAGGGUACUGAAUAAAGAGGAACUGCAGGGAAUUCACAUAAAAUAUCAAGCCGUCCAUUCUUCUCCAGGACUAGCUGUGAUGAUGGAGAAAGCUGCACUGCUCCUGUUUUGUUGCCUGGUCAUGUCUUUAUCAGGUUCCCCGCUCUACCCAUCCAUUAGGUUCGGCCAGAGGGACACAUCCAUCCUGAUGACAUCUUCUAUAAAUAAUCCAGCAGAGAAGCUGCGCGAUGACACAAGUCCUCCCAGGGAGCGAGCAGAGUUACGCUCAGGACGUCACGCUGACGCCAUCUUUACAAACAGUUACAGGAAAGUCCUGGGCCAAAUCUCUGCCAGGAAGUUCCUUCAGACAAUCAUGGGCAAACGGCUCGGUGAUGAAAGCGAGAGCUACAUGAAGCGUCAGUCAGGCAUCUAUGAGGGGACGUAUAAAGAAGAUCUUACAUCCAUUCAGAGCAAUCGGAGAUACAGAGUGCACGGGAAUGCCAUGGGGCCCAGACUGCUGAGUUGAGAACUGUGGAUCGGACAAUCAGAAAGCUGCCAGUGCUCAGCACCCCUUCACCCCUUCACCCCUCACAACCAUCACCGCUUGUUUUCUUACACCUCCUCCGACCUGCUCUUUACAAAUGCAAAUCAAAUUGUCAUUUUUCUAUUCCCAUUAAAAGCUGUGAAGAAAAACCUGCAACUCAGCUCAUGACUGGAAAAAAAAUGGCACUGAGGAACUUUUAAAUUGUCUAAUCUGAAAUAGCAAUAAUGAAUAAUUAAUGAAAUCUCAAGAUUCAUCUCAGAACCAGUGUGGUGAGAGAGAGUAAAAAUGUAUAAAUGAUAAAGUUUUGAGGUGUUUGUGCUUUAAUUGAGGUAAUUGUUUCCAUUUUUAUCCUUCUUUAUCCUUCAUUUCAGAGGAACAUAUUGCACUUUUUAUACCUCUACAUUUAUUUGACAGCUAUAGUUAAUGUGUCACAUUAAGAUGUUGUAUACAAAACAUACAGGACCAGAUUAGAUUCAUUUAAUGAGCUGUGCCUAUUCAGUUGCCCAAUUAGUCAUGCAGCCCUAAAAACAUUCAAUCAGUUAAUAAGAAUGAUGUAUUGACUAAGAUUAAACUACCAAAUGUAUUUCAAAUGAGCUCCACCUAAACCAGCGACCUUAAAAUGCUGCAGCGUUGAUUGCAUCUGUAAUAAUUAUCCAAUAAUAUACGUAAUAAUGUCAUUCUACAUAAUGAGUACUUUAUGUUUUUAGCUUUUACGCCCAUUUGUUCACACGUCAGUUGCCUGAUUCGACCUCCUCUCAGGACUAUGUGGGCGCUCAAUCCACAUUUCUCACUCUGCUGUGAGCUGCGUGGCUCCUUUUAGACUGGGACUCCUAAUAGAAUUUCUUAAAUGCAGAUCAUUUGGCACAGCAGGAAAACAACAGGUGAAAUUAGCAUCAGUAAUGGCUGCAUUCCUUUCAGAGCGUUUCAGGACGCUGCUGCUGCUGCUGUGUUUGCUGGUCACUGGUCUGGUGUAAUGGGAUGUUUAAAUGGAAUGAAGCCAUCAUUAUCGUUAUUAAUGACACCGGACCAGUGUUUUUUUUUUUUUCUGCUAAGGUGAUUCAAAAUGCCUGGCCAAUGUGGAGUUACAUCAAGAAGUAAUCGUUUUUCGCUCUUAGAAAUGAAAUGUCGCAUUCAUAAAUAAUAAUAAAGUGGUUAUGUUUCAAAC